UGCGCUGCGCAGGCGCCACCAACGCUGGGAGGAGACCAAGAUGGCGGCGCCCAGGGAGCGGAGCGGAAGCUGAGGGUGCGUGUGGUGCAGCAGCGUGUUCCUGCGCGCAGAACGCACGUCGUAGCCUUAAGAAUGCAGUCAGUUUGUCAGAGAGUUGUCACUUGUCCCUCAUGUUUGAAUAGACAACGAAAUGGCUUCCUGGGGUUAAUUAAAUGGCAGACACGACUGGUUCCUGCGUGCAUCAGAACUAUCUACAGUGAGACAGGGAAAUGGGAAAAAAGCUAUGGGUUGGAGACAAGAAAAAGAGUUGAAAAUUGGUGGUUCCCAAGAAUAAAGGACCAGUUCUGCAGAACUUCAGAAACUGAUAAAUCAAGACCAAAAUUUUACGUGCUUUCUAUGUUCCCAUAUCCUUCUGGAAAGCUUCAUAUGGGCCAUGUACGUGUCUACACCAUCAGUGAUGCAGUAGCUCGGUUUCAGAAAAUGAGAGGGAUGCAGGUGAUAAAUCCGAUGGGAUGGGACGCAUUUGGGUUACCAGCAGAAAAUGCUGCAGUUGAGCAUGGACUGCACCCUGCAAGCUGGACACAAAGUAAUAUUCAACACAUGAGGGAACAGUUUGAUGCACUAGGUCUGUCUUUUACAUGGGAAAGGGAAGUAACCACUUGCUUACCAGAGUACUAUAAGUGGACACAGUACCUCUUUCUUAAGCUUUUUGAAGCUGGGAUAGUUUACCAAAAGGAGGCAUUGGUUAAUUGGGAUCCAGUGGAUCAGACUGUUCUAGCUAAUGAACAGGUGGAUGACAAUGGUUGUUCAUGGCGUUCAGGAGCAAAAGUGGAACAGAAGUACCUCAAGCAGUGGUUUAUCAAAACUACUGCUUAUGCAAAGGCUAUGUUUGAUGCUCUGUCUGAUCUCCCUGAGUGGUAUGGUAUAAAGGAAAUGCAAGCAAAUUGGAUAGGUGACUGUUCUGGAUGCUUUCUUGACUUCUUGCUAAAGGUUAAUGGUAAAAUAACAGGAGAGAAGAUAGCAGCUUACACCUAUACGCCUGAAGCCAUUUAUGGAGCUUCCCAUUUAUAUAUCUUACCAGCUCACAGACUACUGCAUGGGAACAGCAGUCUGAAGGAAGUCUUUCAGAGGGAGUUCAUCCAAGGGAAAGACUGCCUUACUUCACUGACAGCUGUGAAUUUGCUUACCAAUCAGGAGAUUCCUAUAGUCAUCUCAGCAAAACCAAAUUUUGAGAAUUUUCUCGAUACUAAAAUAGGAAUUCCUAAUACUAGUACAGAAGAUGCCGCAGUAGCUAAGAAUCUUGGUAUUUCUUUCGCUGAAGUCAUUGAAACAUUGCCAAAUGGUUUGGAGAAAGUCAUUAAUUCUGGUGAGUUCACAGGCAUGACUCGACAGGAGGCUUUAAAAGCUCUUACCCAGCAGGCCAAAAAUAAAGGAAUAGGUGGAGACCUAACGAGUGACAAAUUAAGAGACUGGUUAAUAUCUCGACAGAGGUACUGGGGAACACCAAUUCCUAUCAUUCACUGCCAGACAUGUGGCACUGUCCCCGUACCUUAUGAAGACUUACCUGUGGUAUUGCCCAAUGUAACCACCUUUACAGGAAAGGGAGCCUCACCUUUAGAAAAUGUUCCAGAAUGGGUGAACUGUUCAUGUCCAAGGUGUAAGGCAGCUGCAAGGCGAGAAACUGAUACCAUGGAUACAUUUGUUGACUCUGCUUGGUAUUACCUGAGAUACACUGACCCUCACAACACUGAACGGCCCUUUAAUAAUGACUUGGCUGACUAUUGGAUGCCUGUGGAUUUGUACAUCGGAGGAAAGGAGCAUGCAGUUAUGCACUUAUUUUAUGCUAGAUUUUUCAGUCAUUUUUGCCAUGAUCUAAAGAUGACCAAACACAAGGAACCUUUCCAUAAGCUGUUGGUUCAAGGUCUUAUCAAGAAUCAAACAUUCAGAUUAACAACAACAGGCCAGUAUCUGAAGAGAGAGGAGAUUGAUCUCACUGGGACUGAACCAGUUCACCUAAAAACUGGUGAGAAGAUCCAAGUCACUUGGGAAAAAAUGAGCAAAUCUAAGCACAAUGGAAUAGACCCUGAAGAAUUAAAGAAAGAGUAUGGUAUUGAUACCAUACGUCUUUACAUUCUAUUUGCAGCUCCUCCAGAACAAGAUAUUUUGUGGGAUGCUAAAACUGAUGCUAUGCCGGGUGUUCAGAGAUGGCAGACACGCCUCUGGAGCCUAGUAACCAAACUUACUGAAGCGAGGACGUCAGGAACUGUGCCCAAUCCUGAGCUUCUGAGUAAGAAACAGAAGGCCGAAGCCAGAAAGAUCUGGGAGCAGAAGAAUCUGGUGAUUUCUGAGGUAACAGAGUAUUUCACAAAGGAUCAUCUGUUCAAUGCAGCUAUUUCUCGGCUGAUGAGCCUCAGUAACAUACUCUAUCAAGCUUCUCAGCCUCUUGUUCUCCACAGUGCAGAAUUUGAAGAUGCUUUGGCUACACUCUGCAUUAUGGUUGCACCUAUGGCUCCACACAUUGCAUCAGAGAUGUGGAAAGGUUUGGCGCAUAUGCAGAAUAAACUUUGUUCUCAUCAUAACUGGGAUGCUGAUGUGCUGCAUCAGUCCUGGCCCAAAAUAGACCCAGAAUACCUUCAGCCAUCAGAUGUCAUAGAGAUGUCUGUUCUGAUCAAUAACAAAGCUUGUGGCAAAGUUAGUGUGCCUCAGCAAGCAGCCCGCAAUUUUGAAGAAGUCCAUGAACUCGUUCUUCAAAGUGAACUUGGAAUCAGGCAUCUCCAGGGACGAACCAUUAAAAAGGCUUUUCUGUCUCCAAGAACAGCCCUUAUCAACUUCCUAGUGCAAGAAUAAUUAAGGCACUGCUGGGCCUUAAGGGGACUGGAAUUCUUCAAGAUGAAACCAAUUCAAAAAUACCAAUUAUGGUUAUUUAAAUCUCAUAUAAUGUGGGCAGAGAGGAUAUGUUAUUAAUGAAUUGGGUUGCUGCUAAAUCUUCAUUUGAACAUGGAGAAAGGCACAGAAUUAAAGCUUCUUGAAGGUAAGAUGUUAUUUGUCCGUAUUCUCUGGGAGAAUGAGAAGGAAGGACAGAAGAACUGGAUGACUGUAACUAAAUGUAAAUUUUAGACAUGGGUUUUAGGUUAACCUCAGAAAUAUAUCCUAUUGGAAAGUUGGCUUGGAGAGAUGCAGAGACGUAACUAUGCUUCCAGGGCUAAACAAGUGUCACGAGUACUUGCUACACCAAAUGUUAGGUGAGCUAUAAUCAGUCAUAAUCUUUGUUCCCUAUAGUUCAUAUUUGGGUACCAUAGUAUUAACUAACAUUUUCUGUAGUAACAUUUUCUUACAAUUUAGUGUUAAUUAAAAGAUUUUGUUUAAUACUGGCCAAUGGCCUCAGGCAUAGCAGAUAAACAACCCCAUUCUGGUUGACAUAUUUCAUAUACAUUUUGGAGGCAAACUGAGGAAACAGUCAAAUGAUUUAGCUGAGCCCUGCCUCAGCCAGGGUCCUUCUUACUUGGUGUCAUAUUUCUAUCGGUUUAUACAUGAGAGAUUCAAAUUCCACAAAGUGCUGGCAGUUAUUUAUGUACAGAACGGAAUGGAAGUUGCUUUCUAUUCAUAAGCUGUCUCAGAGAAUUUCAGGGGGAUUCAAGAAAGAGGUGAGUUGACUACUAGUAUGCAGCAGUGGUGAAGGCAGACAGCAUAUUUUUUGCUUCUACUUCUAGUUCUUACUGUGCCUAGAUCAUAAAACUUGAAUAAUAGUUCUUGUUUUUCUGAAGGGCUCAUCAAGUAGAAAUAACAGUUGUGUUUCUAAAAAGCAUCCAGACUUUCAGUAAAACACAUAGUCAUUCUCAUGCCUCACUGCAACCUUUUUGUCGAUACAAUGCGUUGCUGUUAUAGCUGCAUGGAAAUGUUUAGUGUAUUUAGCAAGUGCUUGAAAAAGCUUUUCCAAAGAGACAAUUACAGAGUUCAUUGUAUGAGAAUGUCUUUUCCUUAACAACCAUUAAACUAAGUAGUCCAGUAAGCCAGGCACUUACGGGGCCAUAAUGACAGUUAAGGUGUCAACCAAAACAAGCAGCUAGGCAAAUACAGAGGUCUGAAAUACUUUGAAUGCAGCAGUCAUCCAGCUUGUGUAUUAAAUUGAAAAGAAACCAACAAAAAUCUCCCACUUAAGGAUCUCUUAAGGCUCACUUACUGUUAACCAAUACAAAAACUCAUUUUUUGGCUUUUAUGUAUUUUUGGUGUCAAAGAUCUAGUUACAGAACAGAGAUACAAGACUCAGUGGGCAGGACUGGUUCUAUGCUUUCCUAAUUCUGCAGCAAAACUGUCUGGUUUCCACUUCCUUCUGGACCACACGAGUGCAGAUUUUCUCUCUAGCAGUCCUUUGACACGAGAAUGACUAAGGAAUGGAAUAUUUAUAAUGAAGAAACGGUCUUUGCAGUUUUAAUACUCCACACAUCCUAGCCACAAAGGAAUGCAUUCAGGCAUUUAAACAUAGGCCUUUAGUUGAAGUUAAAAUAAUCUGAAUUCCAGUGUCUGCCUGACAUAUAUGUUGUUACGAAUUCGUAAAACUGUUCAGAAGCUCCUAAAAGGGCUGUGAAAGAGAUCCUUUAAAAGCUGUAGCACAGCACAGCCCUGCUUUUUUCCAUAUAAAAGUUUAACACACACCAUGGAACCAUUUUAGCAGAGUUUUUCUUUGGGGGGAAGGGUGACAUGUUUGGUGUAAAUAAAAACUCUUACAGUUUACAAGAAUGAAGAAGGAUGUUGUAAGCCCACUCGCCCUAUGGUGCCUUUUAACAAAAGCUGCAGUCACUACAGGCCCGAGCAGCAGACGACAGUGUUUAUUGCUAUUAGCACUGGAGUAUAUUUGCUCUUGCAAGAUGAAGCAGUGAAUUACAGAUGUCGCUUUGAUUCAGGCAAAAAUAAAAGAGUCGACUUCUGCACACUAAAAAAGGAAAAGUAAUGAUUAGCAAUUGUACAAAAAGUAUAUAGUCCAAAGUCACACCCGCAUGUUUACAGUAAGUCGAAAUUCGGUGCAGUCUAGAGGAUACAAAAAAAGUUGUGAAAAAGUGAGUGAGAGAUGUGAACAUGUGGAAAGUCUGACAGAGCCUAAUCCCCUAAGUAAGUUUGUUUGAAAGAUGGCAGAGCUGCCAGCUGUGGGGUUUUGCAGUUGUCUUGACACCUGUUGAAAUUUUUCAUAAUGUUGACCUGAUCUGAAGCAUGACUACUAUGUGUUUUAUGAUAAUUGUGACUUACAAGUUUGCUGUGUGCCUAGGUUGGACUGAUAUCGACAGGACAGGCUGUAGACUGCUGCACAAGAAGAUUUAAAAGAACUUUUUAUUGCAGAUGUCUUGCACUUAUUUAACAAUUGUUUUUUGUGUUAGAGUAUAGCUACAUCUUUGUUCUGAAGUUGGUUUAAAACAUUGUCACGGAUGGUGUGUCCUUGGAGAGCUUGGGAGGUUUUAAAUGUGAGAGGGGGCAUUUGAGAAGUGGCAAGGCAAAGCGCUGAUGGUUGGUCGAUCAGAUUGCACCAUGUUAGUCAUACACACUGAAAUAGAUAUGGUGAGCCUGUCCUUAUUCCAUGAAGUUAUGAGCCACAGAAAAUGUGGGAGACUUGCUAGAAACCUAGUGGGACAGACCCAGGGCAGACUACCACAAGGAAACAAAUCCAUGACACGGAAAGGACAUUUUCUGCAUCCUGUCACUCCCUGGGACAAGAGACGUUCCAGAUCCCUGGAACGAUCACUGCACUGAGCCAGUCUGUAUCAUGUCUCCAUUUGAAGUAACAUAAAAAAGAAUCAUAGGCACACUUUCUGCCCCCUAAAUCAUUCACGUAACUGCAUUUCCAAAAAAUCCGGCCUUCAAACAUUGAUCCUGGAAAAAGGGAAAUUAUCAAAGUCCAGGAAGGCCACUAAGUACUUCUCUAACGCUGUUGAUUUCAUGAGGAGGAUCUCAGAUCUCAGUGACCCAGUGACCCAGUGACCGACAUGACGUGCCAAUGCUGUUUUGCAGUGAAGCAGUAAGGCUUUUUAAAUCGCACUAAGGAACAGUAUUACAGCUUAGGUUACGAGCUGAGGCAAUUCUCUAGCCAGGCUGUCCCACUUAGGCUUCAAAAAAAAAGGUAUACAUGGGCAUUGCUGAACAAGCAUUUGUUUUUCCAUGUUCUUCAGCUGAAUCCAAAAAUGAAUAUUUGGUGAAAAAUUAAGUCAGUGAUCUCUCUUGUAGUUACCAGUUUAAAGGUAAGCCUCAGAACUAGCAUCUGCUUAAUGAUGGCAUUUUUAAUAUGCCUUUGUAGAAGCCUGUUUGUUUCUCCUGAAAGGAGAAAUUCCAUGGAUAAUGCAGGUCAUACAGUGCAUGUAUUUAUCUAUUGUCUUCUAGUGUAAAGCCUCCAGAAAACCGUUCCUCUUUAAACUUUUUACAAUUAACAUAAACUAGAAAGAGUGUUAAUUAGCACUUUGCUGGUUAUUCAUUCCUAGGGAAAUUUGCCAUACACAGUGUUCUUCUAAAAGCUUUGCUAUAGAUGAGAAGGGGAAAUUACAGUUCAUUUUCUAAUUUUGUAAUACUUAUUACAGACUGCAGAAAGGGGAUCAGUAUCUUGGCUUUAUUUAUGUAUAUUUAGCUAUUUGGAAUAUUGCAUACACCGUUUUUGCUGGA